AUGGCUCUGUCCUUCAACGGCCUCGCUAGCUCGGUGCCCCCUGAAAUUGGUAGUAUGUCCUUACUACAAAACCUUGAUCUCAACGGUAACCAGCUCGAGGGUGAGUUACCUGCAACUAUUUCAUCGCUCAAAGAUCUGUACAGUCUUGACUGCAGUAACAACAAGUUCAUUGGUACAAUCCCAAGCAUUGGCAGUAAGAAAUUGCUCUCAGCUGCCUUUGCCAACAAUAGUUUCUUGGGAAGCUUCCCUCGGACAUUUUGCCAAAUCGCAUCAUUGGCACUGUUGGAUUUAUCUAGCAACCAAUUGUCAGGGGAGCUCCCUAACUGCCUGUGGGACUUGGAGGAUCUAAUGUUCCUAGAUUUGUCAAACAAUGGUUUCUCCGGGAAGGUUCCGUCAGCUGGGUCCGCUAAUCUAUCGUCGUUGGAAUCAUUGCAUUUGGCAAAUAACAAACUCACAGGUGGGUUCCCAAGUAUACUGAAGAAGUGUAAGCAGCUCAUUGUCCUUGAUAUCGGUGAGAACUACUUUUCCAGCCAAAUUCCAUCAUGGACAGGUUCAAAUCUUCCUUCCCUAAGGAUUCUCCGGCUGCGGUCCAACUUGUUUAGUGGUAGUAUUCCCUGGCAACUAUCACAGCUCUCCCAUCUCCAGCUACUCGACCUAGCUGCCAACCAAUUUUCAGGUCCCAUACCGCAGGGUUUGCUUGCCAAUUUAACAUCCAUGAUGAAACCACAGACAGAAUUCAACAUGACUUCACUAGUCCAUCAUCAAGUUUUACAUCUAGAUGCUACGAUGAAUUUUGUUGACCGGAUCGAUGUGAACUGGAAGAUGAAGAGCUACACAUUCCAAGGGACGAUUGCACUUAUGAUAGGUAUCGAUUUAUCAGGCAAUUCGUUCUCUGGUGAGAUUCCAACCGAGCUAGCGAAUCUCCGGGGCCUCCGGUUUCUGAAUCUAUCAAGGAACCAUUUGUCAGGCCACAUCCCUGAAAACAUUGGUGAUCUCAAACUUCUGGAAUCCCUUGAUUGCUCAUGGAAUGAAUUAUCUGGUGCAAUUCCUUCGAGCAUCUCGAAACUGGCAUCUCUUAGUACGCUCAAUCUCUCCAAUAAUAAUCUCUCUGGCGAGAUACCAGUCGGAAAUCAGCUCCAAACACUGGAUGACCCUUCCAUUUACAACAACAAUUCUGGGCUUUGCGGAUUUCCAUUGGUCGCAUGCUCCAAAGGUUCUUCGGGUACUGUGGAAACACUAGACACAGAACUUGAAACCGUGUAUUUCUGCUACUCAAUAAUUGCUGGACUCGUCAUUGGAUUUUGGUUGUGGUUGGGGUCUCUGGUUUUCUUCAAGACGUGGAGAACUUAUGUUUUCUGUUGUGUGGAUCGCUUUCAACAUAAGGUUAUGAAAAGAUGGAGAGCGUUUCGUUAA